AUGAAGAGUAGCAGCGGCUGGGAUGGGAAAUUGAGGGUGGAAAAGAGCGCGGUUAUCACGAACCCAGAAGCUCUUGAGGACCCCGAUUAUUCGGAUGAAGAUGCUCCACCUCCAGAGCAGAUCGAUGCUGAUGAAGAUCUGUUGGAGGACGUGGAAGAAGACAUUGACGAUAUCGACCUCGUGCACUGUCGUAUAACAUCCAUUCCAGCUCUGCAUCUGGAGCGGUUCCCCAAAGUCGAGAAAAUAUGCCUACGACAAAACCAGAUCACGCGCAUAGAAUUACCCUCUAACAUCAGCUCCACCCUCACGGAGCUUGACCUCUACGAUAACCUCAUUUCACACAUCAAGGGUCUGGACGAGUUCACGAACCUGACGAGUCUCGAUCUCAGCUUCAAUAAGAUCAAGCAUAUCAAGAACGUGUCGCAUCUCACAAAGUUGACUGAUCUGUUCUUCGUUCAAAAUCGGAUAUCGAAGAUAGAGGGGCUAGAGGGUCUGGAGCGGUUGAAGAAUCUUGAAUUAGGUGCCAACAGGAUCAGGGAAAUCGAGAACCUGGAGACGUUACACUCGUUGGAGGAGCUCUGGCUGGGGAAGAAUAAGAUCACCGAAAUGAAGAACCUCGACGCCCUUUCUAACCUCCGCAUCAUCUCCAUCCAAUCAAACCGCCUCACUAGCAUCACCGGCCUGUCGAACCUCAAGAACCUCGAAGAGCUCUACCUCUCCCACAACGCCAUCACCGAUCUCUCCGGUUUGGAGGGCAACACCAACCUGCGUGUCCUCGACUUCUCCAACAACCAGGUCUCGAAACUCGAACAUCUCUCCCACCUCGAGCACCUGGAGGAACUGUGGGGUUCGAACAACCAGAUCUCCAGCUUCGAGGAAGUCGAGCGCGAACUGCGGGAUAAGAAGGAGCUGAAAACCGUGUAUUUUGAGGGAAAUCCGCUGCAGACGAGAGCACCGGCGCUAUAUAGGAACAAGGUUCGGUUGGCAUUGCCGCAGAUUAUGCAGAUCGAUGCUAGUAAGUGCCUACGCUCAUCUUUUUUUUCUUCUUGUCUCUCCCAUAUCGUUUUAUUAUUACUGGUAAAACAUCUUGCUAACUCGACUCGCUCUACUACAGCCUACGUGAGAACUUGA